AUGCCCACCUUCUCCAGCCAUGUCUGGUCAGGACGGUCAGGACGCAGCAAACUCUGCCUGGUCGCAUGCCUUGUUCUGUCAAGCGCCGUUCUGCUGAUCGAUGCCAAGGAGAAGGUGCAGAGAGCCCAAAGUGCCCAAAGUGCCCAAAGUGCCCAACGUGGCUGGGAUGUUGGCAAAGCAAAGUGCUGUGUUGGCAAAGUCUUGCGAGCACCUGAUACCUUGAUCCUUCAAUCGCUGAAUCGGAUCACGGAAUACGUCAAGCUGAAGCUGUUCCUGCGACCUUCCCAAGUGAGUGCCAAGGAGAAUGCAUGGCUGAACUCUGCGAAAGAUGAGAUUUGCGCCAGAUUUGGCAUCUCUCCUGUCCCCGAACUCCUGAUUUGCGAUGAUAGUCGCAUGCUGGCUCAAGCUGGACCGCAUGGAUGUCGCGGCUUUGGAAAUGGCUGGGUUGUGCUCUCCAAAGGUGUUUUGGAGACGCUUCCACCUCAGGAGGUAGUGGCGGUUCUUGCACAUGAAUUGACACAUGUGGCCAAGAAUCACCAUUUGAAGCGGGGGUUUCUAAUUUUGGACUUCUACCGUUUGAUGCUGCUCUGGAGUUUGAAACAGAAGGAGGACUCUGCCAUGUUGGAUUUGCAGACGACUGUUGCCACUGUGACCAUGUGGCUCCUGUUGGGUCUCCGCAGUCGCAGUCAAGAGAUGGAAGCUGAUAGACAUAUGUUGGACAUUGUGACGCCCAGCACUGCCUUCUCUGCGCUCGCACGGAUGCACUAUCCGUUGGACGAUCCACAGAAAGUGCUGGUAGAUGCCAAGGAGCUCCUUCAGAAGUCCCGAUGGCUGCGCCUUAAGAUGUUUCUGACGGGUGCAAGUCAUCCUUGCCUGCCACUUCGCCUGGAGGCCUUGGAAGCAGCAAACGCCGGGGAAUCUCAGCGGUAACUGCGGUAACGUGCGUCCGAUGCUCCCGAUGGCACCGGCGUUUCGCAAACGUUGACCGAUGAAGAUGACAAGAUAUGACAAGGAACAUCCGCUCUGAGAUAGGCCUCCUGUCGGGCGGUCCAAUCCAUGGAUACUCCAAACUGGCAACGAGCUCUGACAGCGAUGAGGAAAGUUCUUCCAGUAUGAAGUAAUAUGCUGGAACAUAUGCUUUCCUGGUUGAUUGUCCAAGGCUUCCCGAGAUCUUCAGACCUUUGGCCAUGAACUUUGUUAAUGAUGAAAUGAACGCAAGAAUUUCAAGGCGUCACCUAAAAUUUCCAAACAGGACGCAGGUUUUGGCGCCAAGAGACUGGGGUCUGCCAGACUCUGCCAGAUGCAUUUGUGCCCUUUUUCACACUUGCAGAUGACUCCUCUUUGAUGUGCACAGCUGCAACAAUUCAUCAGACCCAAAGACUGGGCGCUUCAUCAUUGGAUGCCAUGGGUCGAACAAAAGACCAAAA